CUGUGGAGGCUUCAUUUGGCUCGCUGGCGAGGAGAGGCGCCGCUAACGCUCGAAAUCUAAGAAACUGUUGCACUCCUCCAGAAAUGGACGAGGAGUUUGAGACCUUUCUAAGAGAGAGGAAAGCAAGAGUGGCUGAAGAUAAAGCCCACUUGGAACAAGACCCUCCGUAUAUGGAAAUUAGGGGUAAACCCCCCUGGAGUUAUGAAUCGACUGUUAAAGAGAACAUACCUCCGGACUGUACGUCACACAAGAAAGAGAGCAGUGUCGGGCUUCCGUUUGGAGUCGAGUAUGAGCGUAAGAAGAAGAGACUGCAGCAUGAGCUCCGGAUGGACUACAGAUCCUACAUGGCUCAGGCCCUUGCGUCAGAAGACCAGGUACAUAGACAACGACCAACUUUGCACAGGGACGCAGCCACUCUGACGGAUAUGGCUGUGCGUGUUUUGCCUGAGGAGAGUGAAGAACCGUCAUCAGUACUUCAUCACCAUGACAGGUUGGAAAGGCAGAGAGACUUGGAGUCAGGAAAGGAAGAGAUCAUGAGGGAGGCUCAAGAGCGGGGAGAGAGAAGUAGACAAAGGAAUGUGGGUGUUGGGACCAGCCGAUAUGGAACACCAUACAAUAACAGUGAUGACAGGGACAACAGAUGGACUUCAUUAGAACUUAGAAAAGAAAGAAGACCAGAAGUCCAACGGAAAGAUGUCAGACAAGAGUUUGCCACGGGCCUUAUUAUUGGUGUGGCUGAUACUUUUGAGAUGUUGCAGAAGAGGAAAGAAUGCUACAGACGUGAGCUGCAGGAGCAAAUAGCUGAACAAGAGAGGAACAAAAAAAGGGAAAAAGAUCUGGAGUUGAAAGUUGCUGCAACAGGAGUGAAUGAUCCAGAGAAAAAGCCAGACCGAAUCAGACAGUUUGGACUGCACGGCAGAAAAAAUCCUCAGGUGUCCGAAUCUGUUGCACAAACAGAGACUGAGCCAUAUUUGCUAAAAUCAGGAGAGAACAGGGCAACUGAUGCCAGGGGCAUGCAAACUCCACCUCCUGAUCAACCUCACGUGGCUUUCCAGUCCCCUGUUUUGGAGUGCAGCUCCUCUCUUGGCCUAAUUGCCGGUGGCCUGUCUCCCACUGGCCGUCUUGCAGCAAUCCCUAUCUCCACAAGCAUGGACGCACCCAGAGUCCUUCAUACUUCAGCCACCAAUGAUGUCUACAGAAGUCUAUAUGCUGAGCCCAAUCACCACUACGGCAAUAUACUUGAGCCAAACAUGGUUUAUUAUAUUCCACCAGGGGGACCUAUACCCUGCCCCAUCACUAACCACAUCCCUCAAAGUCAGAACUACAGGAGCUGUUACCCUGAACAGUCAACACAACAAAGCAAAGAGGCUUCUGUGGCAGACCACCAUGUCAGAACCCUGCCCGCUGAAGGUGCCACAUCAAGCAAGGAGAGGAUUUUUAGCUACAGAGACGCUCUAAAGUUACAGAAAGCUUCCAGGAGGGAUGACAUGAAGUUUUUGCACCAGAUUCAAGAACAACAGGAACGGAAGCGCCUGGAGAGGGAGGCUAAGGAGCGUUAUGAGGCUCGGCUGGAGGCCGACAUGAAGAACCAUCAGCCAUGGGGUCGAGGUGGUGGAGGAGCUCCACUCAGAGACAGCACUGGAAAUCUCAUUACUGAUCUCAAGCAGAUGCACAAGCAGAAUGAGGAGGCCUACAUCAACCCCGAGCAGAGGAGAGUAGCACCGCCGACCUACGCACCUGAGCGCUUUGAACCAAAAGAGAGGGUUUCUGGUUUUACUCACGUUCAAACCCCCCAGUUUGCACGAGGCAAUGUGUUUUCCAGCAAACCAACCCAGCAGCAGCUUCAGGAGCAGGACAAGUAUAAAGCUGAACUGAAACAACAGAUUGAAGAGAAAAUGCGUAAAAAGGCGGAGGAGCGGGAACAGAUCCGACUUGAGGAGGAGAAAGAGGAGAAGAGACUGAUGGAACAGCGGGCAAGAAUUCAACGAGAGUUUGAGGAAGAACAGGAAAAAAAGAAACAAAAAGAAAUGGAGCAAAAAGCAAAGAAUGAAGAGUUGAUUCAAAUGGCUGAACAGCACAAGAGAGAGGCCGAGAGGAAGAAGGAGGCUGAGAGGAGGGAGGCAGUGGAGAGGAGGAAGGAGGCAGAAGAGAGGGAAAAAGCAGAACUCAGGAGGCAGUAUGAGAAAGCGAGACAAGUGCAAGAGGUCUGCAGGCAACCUUCUCCCCCGAUUCCAACCCUGCAGAAAAAACGCUGUCACCACCAGUCUGCAUCCAGACCCCCCAGUGUGCAGAGUCGUCACUCUACAGCCCCUCUCUCCGAGCGAUCUUUGUCUGGUCUCCAGUCUCCACCUGUUCCUGCGUGUAGGAAUAAGUUACGGGCUGCUGGGGAGCAGCGUGAUGUGCUGAGUGAACUGUCAGUGCUGCGGCGCCAGCUUUUUAAUGAACAGAAGCGACUUCAGAAGCAGAUACAGCAAGAAGACUUGGAGGAUUUCAACUCUCAAAGUCACAGGCAUCAUGGGCGACCACUUCUAGAUGUCUUUGAUUUGGCCCGAUUGAGGCGCCAGGCUCCUGUUCGGAGGCCCAAUUCCAGAAACUUGGAGCCCAGAAAUCUCUCUCGAAUUCAUGACUCUCUUCAGCUCAACUAUCCGGACUCCAGGUAUGGCUCCAGUGAUGCUCCUGGGCUGGAUAACCUGGGCAUGGCCAGUCCAAGGAGGCGAGAUUACAGAGACCUUUAUCAUCAGCCCAGCAGCCAGAGAUCAACUGUUCAGGAUGAUUAUCUCGACCUCUCCCCUCUCCACAUAAAUUACCAGAGGAGUGCGGCGGGCGCACCUGCCGAAGGCUCCUUGCUGGAGUCAGACAGUGCCUUUAUCGACCCUUUAGGUAAUGCGUUCCCAGUGCUGCCCGUGCCAGAGUUGAAGAGGCACUGUCAGCUGUCGGCCAGGGAAAGGAGGAGAUUGAACAAGCAGGCGCAGGCCUUCCAGGAUGGAGCUGGACAGCAUGACGAUGACUCCCCAGAUCACACCAACUGUAAAUCCCAGCAGGAAGCAGCAGCUCUGGAUUUCUCAGACGACGACGACGACAGUUCGUCUCCUCAGUUCUCCCCUUUCAUGUCGAACCACAGGAGCUCUGUUGAGUCCGCCUCCACGGACGCCUGGCUGAGACCAGGAACCUCCGAGUCCAUCAAGUGUUUAGACAGACAGCUGAGGAGGCAGCAGCUCCCACGUCCCUCUUUAAGGAAUAAACUAAAUUGAAGAGGAUUGUCUUUGUAAGGCAGGUGGAGUAAAGAAGGCCGGAUGACCGCCGUCACUCGCCUCGCUCUGCCUCUGUCCGGAUGAGCGAUGACCUUCUCCAGCAGUGGACAGGAGGGAGGAUGGAAGCCAUCUAAACUCUGCUCCUGCUAUUACUCAAGUUAACGCCCAGUGUCAAUGCACACCCACUCAGCAUUGCGACAGAUUCAGGACGAAACUUGAUCCAAAACCACGCCAGGCCGAGCUGCUUCGCCUGGUUGGAACCAGUUAUCCAGCCUCAACUCAUUUUAUGCUCUUUUGACUUCCCAUCAGCCUUGUUCUGUGAGGCUGCAGGAGCUCCGGAGCACAUUUAACAGUGCGGUUUCAGGAAAAACCGGCUGCGCCAG